AUGUCCGCGCUCGCCACGAUAUCCACCCCCAAAAAUCCAUGUUCCGUGUACGAACCUGGAAAUUCUCUCGUCGUGAAUAGUGGACCUUCGUUCCCCUACACUGCAAACAUGUUCAACCUUCACAUGUUACCAUCUCUGGGGACGUGGCCCGCCAUGCCACAUGGUUUUUACGAUCUUUAG